AUGGGGUUCGGUUCUAAAGAUGAGUGGUGUGGAUCAAUCGUCAAGUACAGCAUGUUUUUGUCCAAUUUUAUCAUAUUUAUUGGAGGCAUCGUAUUGGUGGCCAUAUCAGUGUAUACGCUAUACGAUAAGUCGUUCAUCAAAGAGCUAUUGGGCACCAACUUGUUCACAGGUGCCGUGUAUAUAUUAAUCGUGGCGGGCAUUUUGCUGUCACUCCUGUCAUUUUUGGGGUGCGCCGGAGCCGUCAAAGAAGUCAAGUGCAUGCUACUGACGUAUUUCAUAAUUCUGUUCAUUAUAUUCAUCGUGAUGCUCGUCGGAGGGAUAUUAUGUUACGUGUUCAGGCAAAGGGUACAGACGACUAUGCAACAAGAGAUGCUCAGGACAAUAAGGUUUUACGGCGACGACCGCGCCAUAACCAGAGCGUGGGACGACCUCCAAGAAGGACUACACUGUUGUGGAGUCACGGGCUACGAUGACUGGAGGCAGCACAGGAUUGGCGGAAUCAUUCCCAGCAGCUGUUGUCAAGAGAUCAACGGAAAGAAACAACCGUGCAAUCUGAGUUUCCAAGCGAGCCUACAGAUAUACAAUACCGGCUGUCUGAACGUGACCACUGCUUUCAUGAAGGACCACGCGACUACUGUCGGGACUGUUGGUAUAGCCGUGUCACUGUUUCUACUAUUCGGAUUGGCAUUUUCGUGUGCAUUGUUCAUGAUGAUUGUUUAG